UCACAAACCCACCCACCUCACCUUCCCCCCUGCCAUUAUCUCCUCGCUUCCAAUGGCCGCUGCUUCGCUCCAAACACCUACUUUCCGGCCACCGCCAAACAGCACCUUCUCCAAAUCUUCCGGGCAUAAGUUCACAUGGGUUUCUCUCAGAAACCCAACUGGGACACCCUUAGAACCGUGUCGUAUGCUCCACUCUUCCCGUUCACCCACCCAAAUGCCCCAUCGUCGUCUGCUCAAGCUCUUUCCUCUCGCUUCCUACGGAGAAACGGAAACCACGGAAACCCAACAGAAGGAAGAACAAUCCCAUAAUCAGGACCCUCCGGAAACCCAGAUUCAGGAUGAUUUAGAUGAGGCAGUUGGAGAGGAAGAUGGUGGAAGUGAAGCUGACACUGCCACUGCUGAGAAACCAACUUCGGCAAUUAUUGCUACACUGAAUUUAUACAAAGAAGCUUUAGCAAGUAAUGAUGAAUCAAAAGUUGCUGAGAUAGAGGCGUUCCUCAUGGCAGUUGAAGAUGAGAAAAUUGAUCUUCAGAGAAAAGUGGCUGCUUUGUCUGAAGAAUUGUCCAAUGAGAAGGUUCGGAUUCUGAGGAUUAGUGCAGACUUCGACAAUUUCCGGAAGAGGACAGAGAGGGAUCGGCUUUCACUAGUAACAAAUGCACAAGGGGAAGUUGUGGAGAAUCUACUGCCUGUCUUAGAUAAUUUUGAAAGGGCUAAAGCCCAGAUCAAGGUGGAGACUGAGGGAGAGGAGAAAAUCAAUAAUAGCUAUCAGAGCAUAUAUAAGCAGUUUGUGGAGAUUCUGGGAUCGCUUGCUGUUGUCCCCGUGGAAACAAGAGGGAAGCCCUUUGAUCCAUUGCUGCACGAGGCCAUUAUGCGCGGGGAUUCCACAGAGUUUGAGGAAGGUAUCAUAAUCGAAGAAUUUCGUAAGGGAUUCACACUUGGCGACAGACUUUUGCGUCCGGCAAUGGUGAAGGUAUCGGCUGGUCCGGGGCCAGCAAAGCCUGAAUCUGGGGAGCCAUCUGAAGUAGCAGAAACCACAAGUGAAACCAGCGAAGAGGGCAGUUCAGAAGCUGAGUCUCCUGAAGGUUAGUGAUGAAUCUAAAUACAGUUUUGUAUUAGCAGUUGUUAUACUCAUGUUGUAGCAAUGGUAAUGAAGAGGUUGUGCUUAUUUUGGACAAAAGCGCUUUCUUUUUUCUUUUUUGUGUUAUUUGGGUUCCCAUCAGGAGUUGCUAUUGAUUUGGGCAAAUAUCAUUUGUAAUGAUUGACUUGCAAGGACUAAUGUAUCUCUUAUCUCUA